GGGCUACGCGCAGUACACUCCUUGCUGGACAUCCAGAGAGACAGAGAGAGGACACACCUCCAUCCUACACGCUACCUAGACGACCUCAGAGUACUCUACAACAUACACAGAGAGCGGUGGUGGGCUACGCGCAGUACACUCCUUGCUGGACAUCCAGAGAGACAGAGAGAGGACACACCUCCAUCCUACACGCUACCUAGACGACCUCAGAGUACUCUACAACAUACACAGGCGAGAACUGGUGUCUCAGCUGGUGUACCGGGAGGCUGGGCAGAUCUUCCAGCGUGAGGGAGGGGCAGGGGAGCCACGCCCCAUGCGGAAGGUCGUGGGUACACCCGACCCCCUAGUACCCAAGGAAGACCUACGCACCAGAGAGUCGAAGCAACGACUCUUCAGGAAGAUAGCGUCUCUCCGGCCGGUGGUAGCGCCUCGGGUAGCUGAGCCGGAGCCAUGCUGGGGUGAUAGUGAGUUCAUCAGGUCCUGUCUCAGAGCUCACAACAUCUACCGUGCCAGGCACUCAGCGGCACCCCUCAGACUCUCCAGUGAGCUGUGUCGCCAGGCUCAGGCAUGGGUCAACCACCUGGCCCACACUGGCACCUUCAGGCACCGUGGGCAGCCAGGACUGGGCGAGAACCUCUUCUGCAGGAACACGGCACUCAUCCUGCGGGGUCGAACCUCCGUCAUGCCAGACAUUGCAGGAGGGACGUCACCCUCGCCUCAUCAUCUCAAAGGAGAAGAGGUGGCGGCCUACUGGUACAGCAGUGUGAGACAGUACAAGUUCAACAAGCCACAGAAUGUUCUGCAAGCCAGUCAGGGUCCAUUCACGCAGAUGGUAUGGCAGGAGAGUCAAGAGUUUGGUGUGGGCAGGGCGAGGAGCAGGUCAGGCAAGAUCAUUGUGGUUGCCCACUACACCCCUGCAGGGAAUAUAGAACACGCCUUCAAGGAGAACGUGCUGCCCCUGAACACCCGCGCCCUAGCGGCGGAGAUCCUUGGGGAGCUGCCUGGAGUCACUAGCCUGGAGGAGGUGGACGGGAGGGCGGCGGAGCGGGCGAUGGGUCUCUUGGCCGCCCAGCCGCCAAGACUCACGGGACGGAACGCUACCAAGGUCAUCGCUGCUCACCUCCUCGGUCACACUGCAUCUCUCAUCACAACUCCAGAUGAAGAGCUCCAGGUGGUGAUCAACAGGUGCGCGAGCCUCGGCAGGGAAGCUCGUAAGCGGGCUUCAUCCCGGGUGAAUCCUGCAGGAGUUUCCAGUUCGCUCAGCAUAAUACCUGAGGCUUCAUGCUGCCCCCCAAAAUUCAGGUUACGGACCAGAGCCUCAGUGUCACCAGCGGACAUUCAAUCAAGUGUUAUACAUGAAACCUCAGAGGGUGACGGUGGGGAUGAGGAGGCUGCCUCCAGACAUUGGCUCCAGCCUCACAGCUCUCAGGUGGGGGACGGGGAACACACCGAAGUGAUAGAAUUAAAAAGGGGUGACCUAGGGACACCUUCCUCUGAUCUGGAUGCUGUGAGUUUCUUAGGUUUAAGUCCCAAAGGUUCCUCAAAUACUAAAAGAUCUCGAUUUGGAAGGGAUACAGGUCGGUGGGUUGAUGGGACAAAUUCAGAAAGUUCUGAUCCUGAUGCUAUAAGAAGUGAAUCGUUUGACUCUGUAGAUUCUGAGUCCCACCCAGAGCCGACUCUUCCAAGCAGUUGGAGAGAAAAUGGUGGAAAAGAGGAACCUCACAGUAAUCAAAGUGAUGAUCAAACACAACCGGGAGUGGACAAGCACAAUAUAGACUUGAAACUUCCUUUCGAGAUACCUGAUGCUGAACACGGGCGCCUGAACUAUUAUGCUCUCAGUCCUAUGCGUUACUGA